AUGCGUUCGAAAUUUAAAGAUGAACACCCUUACGAAAAACGCAAAGCGGAAGCAGAACGAAUUCGUCAGAAAUAUCCCGAUCGAAUUCCUGUGAUAUGCGAAAAAGUGGAGAAGAGCGAUAUUCCGACCAUUGACAAGAAAAAAUACCUGGUGCCCGCCGACCUCACGGUGGGUCAAUUCGUCUAUGUGAUUCGAAAGCGUAUCAAGCUUAGUCCAGAGAAGGCCAUCUUUAUCUUUGUCAACGAAAUCUUACCGCCCACUGCAGCGCUGAUGAAUGCAAUCUAUGACGAACAUAAAGAUGAAGAUGGAUUCCUGUAUAUAACAUAUUCGGGCGAAAAUACAUUUGGAUGCUCAGCAGAAUAA